GUGCGCAAAGCUAUGUCGUUAUUCCCCUAAUGUCGGAAAAAACUAACAAUUUCGCAAUUGCAGUGUUUCCAUUAAAUGAGAAAUGCAAUUAAAAUCACGUGAAUAAGUCUGUUCACUCGAUAAGUCAUAAAAAUAGCAUGCAGCGCCUCAUCCUCCUACUACUUCCUGUCGUCUUUUCCGUCUUUUCAGUCAGUAGUAGCAUCCUGCUGUUGGUCACAUGACUCGUGAUUUAAAAAAAAGUGUUUCCAUUGCAGUUUUAUUGAAAUACACGGAUUUUGAUGCAGCUGAAAAACAACCUCAUCCCAGCACAAAAACGUUUUAUCUAAAAAUGUUUUGUCAAAAAAUUCCAUGUUUCCAUUGAGCAAAUUUAUUUUCAUAAUUACAAUUCGCACAAUUAUCUGUGAAUGAAAAGGCAGCAGUUCAUACAGAUUAAAAUGGAAUUAAAACAGAGAAUGAUUCAAAGCUUUACUUGAAAUCUGGCGAUUUAAUUACUUUUUAAUCUUUCUGGAGGUUUUUUCUUCUCUUGUUUGGAUUUAAUUAUUGAUUCUGUAAAUAUUUCUUAUACUAAAACUACAAAGAGUGGAAUCGUUUAUUUGUAAUGAACACUUAAGAAUACAACACUUAUGAAUUAUUUCUCUUUGACUUGGUUUUGAAUCUCAUUGGUUGCAGUUGGAGCGUUUAUGGACUGUAAGAACUAUUAUUAUUAUUUUUGUGUGUGCCUGUGUGAUUUAGAUCAAAUAAACUAUCUAAAUGUUUACUAUUAAAUGUGCAACUGAAAAUCAGAUUAACUCUGCAAAAACAUGACAGAUAAGUGACCUGAAAAAGAUGGAUUUCUGCAUGAGUUUCUGUUUCUGAUUCUCCUUGAUGCUGUUUUUGCUGCUAAGCUGAAGAUCGUCCUGCUUAUAGAGAGAAACAGACAAAGCUGGUUCUGUCUGCUAGCUCUAAUGUUAGCGAAGAUCAUCAUGUUUCAGCUGAGCAGAACCUUCAACCAGCUCAUCAUCCCCAUCUGAUGGCUCAGCAAAAGUUAACAACAUGUUUCAGCUGCAGCAACACAACCACCUCUCCAGCGUUUUCAAGAAAAUUCACAGUUGAGUUAAAGGCGCCGCCGUCGAGACCUGAUCAGAUUUUGGAGGAAGUGAUCCAUCCAGCCCAGCAGCUUGUUGCUACGCAGAUACAGCCUCCAAUAUUGCCGCCUCCACCGCAUCCAAACUUCCUGUCAGGAGAUCUCAACCCCAAACUUCCUCUGGAAAAGGAUCAACAUUUAACUUCUACUAGUCCACCACUCGGUUCAACGCCGGCAGCUACCAGUCAGGGUUUCAGUCCGACAUCGACGUCACCACAUCAGUUUCUGCAAUCUAAAGAAAAUAAUGAGUCUCCAGUGGAUCUAAAAGACAAACUGAUGUGGUCGGAAACACCAGUGCCAACACAGAUUUCUGUUUCCCAGAUUAAAAUUAAACCCUCAGAUUCAGUGAAAGUUACUUCAGAAGGGGAAUUGUAUAAUUUAAAACCCCAUUCUUUCCACCAAAGGAAUAUCCUCUCCAAAAAUGAGACAUCGUCACACAUUUCUCCAAAUAAACCAACUGCUUUGCACUUUUCAGCUUCUCCCCAACAAACAACUCACUGGCCUGCCACACCAUUGAGUUUUCUCCCAAAGUUUCAUCUUGAAAGCCCCGACAUGCAACUUCCACCAUCUUUAAUCACCAGACCUCCGCCAUUACAGUUUGAUGAUCGACCCACAACAGCAACCUUAAACCCUGGAUCAUCUCAGCAGCACCACCCAGUAUCAGACCCAGUAAACACCAGUCAUGUGUACUGGUUGAAUCAGGCGAACUCCACACAGAAAGAUCAAGCAUCCAACAGCACAAAGCUGACAGACUGGAAAAAGAGGAACACCUCCCAAUCCCCAAUGACCAGCAACGAUCCCAUAGGAACACAACAGUCGCCAUCAUGGCUGCCUGCACUUGAGAAACAUGACAUCCCCAUUGUGGUGGGAGUCGGCAUAUCCCUGGCUUUUAUCUUCAUAACCGUCACGUUUUAUUCGGUCGUCCAGAAGAACGAACCUUUACCUCCAGGUCGAGCAGCCACAUCCUUGGCAGCUCAAAGGAAUCUUGGAGUCCCAAAAAGACAUGCUGACCACCAAGCUGCUGGACACACGUAUGAAAACAGAGCUUUUGAGGAUGAUGACUCUGUCACCGUGAUUGAGCAGAGCCCCAACACGUCAGAUACUCGGGCCCGACCUCCAGGGCCCAGCCUGGUCAUUGUGCAGAUGGAGCCAACAUUUGAGGAGAUUCAAGAUGUCUGCCACCCUGCAGCGGACCACUACUCAGUGACUGUGGAGACUCAUCCUGAGCCCACUGUUGACACCAAGAUUGACUCGUCGCUGGAGGAAGAUAAGAGAUGCAGUUUGUCGCUGCCCAGCAUCCAGCUGCAGUCCACUGAGGACUGGACGAGCAUCUCAGGGGACAACCACAGCGCAUGCCAGGACGCCUUUCCCCCUCCAUCCUCUUUACCCUCUCGCUCCCCGUCCCCGCCCUCCAGACGAGAAGACACUCUACACUCCUCUCUAACGCUGCGCAGCGCGGAGCCUUGUGCUGCACCCAUCCACCACAGCCUCAGCAUCUCACACGGCAGCCCUCCUCUGCUCGUCUCACAUCACGUCUCUCUGGGGCUCACCUCUGUUGCUGUUGACGUCCAGGUCUAUCCUGCAGCUUCUGCUUCAACGGCAGUAAGCAGCAGCACUCACAUCAACUCGGCUUCGAACUCAGCCUCUGUGACUGCGCCGUUGUUUAGUCCUCCGUUGUUCAACAGCCAAGAGAACGACGAUCGAUCGACGGGCAGGUUGCAUCAGAGUAAAUAGCUUCUGACAGACGUUUGACCAAGGAGGAGACGGUGAGCACUUGUAUCUUAUCAUAAACAAACUGUAAAUACUUAGCAUUAGAGCUAUUAAUCGUAUUAACCGAUUAACCGAUUAUUCAAAUAAUCGCCAACCAAUUUAGUAAUCGAUUAAUUGUUAACUGGAGUAUACAGGCUCUAAAAAAGGUCAUUGGCUGAAAGAACAACAUUGUCAGAGUCGUAAUUAAACCAAAAACUGUACAAAAAUUUUAUACAUUUUGCAUUUAAGAUAAAAAAAACUCCUCAAGUGACGUAGUUUUUGCUUCAUCUGGUUCAAAUUGUGUAAAAAAAAAUCUAUUAAGCACCUUUUUCUGUCCAGUAAUGAAUCGGUUAAUCCAAAAUAUAAAGAUAUAGCUGCACUAUACUGAUAAGUCAAGCAGAAAGCGCUGAGCUUUUAACAUGUUGAUAGAAGUAUUUUGUUCGCUGCAGAAGCAUUGUUUGCUAUAAAUGAUCAAGCUUUCACUAAAAGAAUGUUAUGUUAUUGCAUUGUAGGCAAUAGCAUAUUUAUUUGCAUCUUUUAAUGUAUUUUUUAUUUUGUAUAAAAGAUUUCUGUCAUUAAAUUAAAAAAAUUUACAAUGUGACAAUUUUUUUACCAGAUUAAUUGAUUAAUCAUCAGAAUAGUGACAGAAUAAUUGAUUACUAAAAUAAUCGUUAGUUACAGCUUUAAUUAUAUUGUAUUCAAAUAGAAAGUAUGUUUAUUUUAAUUCAUGCUGAGAGAUUGAUUUGCUGGUUUAAAAGUUACAUAUUGUACAUCUUUAGACAUGUUUAGUCUUUUUGAGUUUAUUUUGCUCUUAACCACAAAGGCCCACACACAACUGUUCUGACUUUCUGAAGUAUUUUCAAGGUUUCGUUUUGGAUUUUGUCUGCAUUUUUGCUCAUUGUCCACCCAAAAGUAAAAAUUGUCAGAAGAAUGUACAAAACAAUAACACAAAGCACACUCUGAUAUAUUUUAAACAUAAUGUCAGCAUCAAUCAGUACAAUCCUUAGACUUAUUAGAUGAAAACUUGAUGUUAAUUUGAAAGAUAUUACCUUUCUUAUCCUAUUUUCCCUAUAUUCGAACGCACAUGACUUUUGAUUGUGUUUUUUUUGCCAGUGUUAUAUGUAUGUAUUUAUAUUCUCUACUCUGCUAUGGUUAUUGCUGAACACGGGCACAGUAGUAUAUUAUUCAUCUCAGAGAUGUUGAGUGCUGUUUAGAUGCUGACUGGCAAUAAAUCAUGAGUGGUAAACAAAGAAAAAACAACAUAACAUUAAUGAAUCUGAACGAUAUAAUGAAGAAAAAUAAAAAUGGAGGACGCAUUAUUGAAUUAAAACAUGUUUUUAGUAUGUAAAACUUGUUUUGUUUUGGGUAAAGCAGGUUUCUUUUUUUUUUUAUCUCUGCACCCUGGGGAUAAAAAUCUUUUCGUCUUUGAAUAUGUUCAUUUUUUUAUUUAUUUAUUCUUUAUCGUAUCUGUAUAUAGUUCAAGUAAAAUCCUUUAAAUGUUUUGUGUUUAGUAAAACAGCCAAGGAACCCUUACUUAUGACAUCUCAUUCUUUAUAACAAGGUAUUUGACUGUUACGAGAUAUUUUUGUUUACCAAAGGAGGGUCACUGUCAAUAAAACCCUGACAUUUCA